AUGCAUUUUUUCCAUUGGACAAAAUCCUCAAAGUUUCUCUCUCUCUCCCUCUGUGGCCAUUGCAGCUGUCCCUUCCUGGUUAAACACCUGACCAGCUGCAUACCUGUUAUUGGUGGAGUCCUUUUUAUAUUUGUGAUAAUUACCCUGCUCCAAACCAGCUUCACUGAUCCUGGCAUCCUACCCAGAGCAACACCAGAUGAGGCUGCUGACACUGAAAAACACAUUGACGAUGCAGGAAACACAAGCUAUCAUCCUCCGCCGCGCACUCAGGAAGUCCUGAUUAACCAGCAGGUGGUCAAGCUCAAGUACUGCUUCACAUGUAGGAUGUUCCGGCCUCCACGCACCUCCCACUGCAGCUUGUGUGACAACUGUGUGGAGCGAUUCGACCAUCACUGCCCCUGGGUGGGCAACUGUGUCGGGAAACGCAACUACCGCUUCUUCUACACCUUUAUUGUGCUGCUCUCCUUCCUGACGGCGUUCAUCUUUGGAUGUGUGACCACACAUCUGGCACUGAUGGCUCAGGAUGGAAAGGGUCUGGUGUUUGCUCUGCAGGAGAGUCCAGGAAGUGCAGUGGAGCUCGUCAUAUGUUUUUUCUCAGUCUGGUCCAUCUUGGGCCUUUCAGGCUUCCAUACAUACUUAGUGGCUUCUAACCUGACCACAAAUGAAGAUAUCAAAGGCUCCUGGUCAGGGAAGAGUGGACAAGACGUCACAAACCCAUACAGUCAUAAAAACAUCCUCAUCAACUGUUGCUCUGUGCUCUGUGGACCCAUGCCACCAAGUUUAAUCGACAGGCGAGGCUUCCUGCCUGCAGAUGAAUCUGCCCAGACAGGUGGAGCGGACAUCGACGUCCCAUCUGUGGCUGUUAAAAGCGAGAUAACCAUGUGCACACGGGGACCUAAAGGUCUGCUGGAGUCAGCCUUUCUCCCUCCGUUCCUGUCCACCCCGUGUCCUCGGGAGAAACAUCGGGAGAAAGAUCAGACAGCUCCGACAGACAACAACCCUGCAGUGAACUCUGACCUCUCACUCUCUCAGCUCUCCAUGAGCUGUGAGGACCAGGGGAACACCUCUCCUUCACAUCACACCAAGACUCCAUCAAAGACAAAGUAAAGGGGCUUUCCAUGUUCCCUUCCCUGUCUCCUUUACCUCUCUGGAUGUUGCCAGCUUCUGCGCUUUGCACUGAAUAACCAACAUGUUUGAUUUUUGCAUGCUACUGUAUAAAACAGUGUAAGUCAUUGAGUGAGGGUGUAACAGUCACAAAGAUGUGUUAUUAAGUCUGACUCAUUCACAGACAGCAGAAUGAAGGAGAGUCAACAAAGCAAAUGUGUGUUUGUUAAAGAAGGAAAAACACAUGAAAUGAUGAAAUGUUUAAGAUGGUGGCACUAGCAUACGCAAUAGAGCCAUACACGUCUGUCAGUGAUUCUGAUAUAAAA